UUAACAACUUACAUCAAAGGCAUUGGUAUCAAAGAUCUGGAGACUUGUGAGUGGACAUUCUCCAAGUCAAACUCCCUUGCAUCAGCUCUACAGUAUACUAGUGUUUUCCAUCAUCAACAGGCUAUUGAUUCAUAUUUCGAGCAUAAUGAUGAGCUCAAGGUAUAUGGCAAUCUUUCAAAUAUCUUGCAUGGUAACUACAAACAAGCUCUUGAGAUCAUCGCCAAUGGUGAAGCUGUCCUACCAAAGGUUAUGCAAGAGCUCAAAGUUGAAGAUGAGAGUGUCUUUGAAUGUUGGCUUGAAGACGAGAAAAUCUACCUUAAGGGUCUAACACAAGAGCCUGAAGAAGAGACGCUUCAGAUGGAGUACUGGCAGAGAUUAGUGAACCUUAGUGCAAGCAAGUAA